UGGUGUCAUAGAGGAUAACGUUGCUUUGCUCCUGUGGCGUUGAAGUCAUUCCGUUGUAAACAUUCGACGAGUGCGGUGUGCGAACUUCGCGCGGUUUUAACAUUCAUCGUUUAGUAUUUACUUACAUAUGGUAACAUUGCCUAUGUAAUGCGCGUAUGUACGUAUGUGUGCGUUUAUUUACAUUGCGUAGUGAAAAUAGCCGGUAUAACUUGUGGAGUGCAGUGAAUGGUGAUUGGUCGUUAAAUAUACCGUAAAAAUGACGAUAAAAGUAUUGUAGAUAUAUACAUAUAUACAUGUAUUGCAUAUAUAAAUCGAUAUAAAACGUGUGAAAAGUGUGUAUGUAUAGAAAAGUAUAAAAGUUCACAGAAGAAAAUGAUAAAAUAUUAAAGUGUUGAAAGCAGUGAAAUCAUAAUGUUAUAUGUAUAUAUGUAUAUAUGUAAUAUAUAAAGAGUUAUAUAAAUAUAUGUAAUGAUAUACUCGCAUAAGUGUUGUGCUCUAUUAAAAUAUAUACAUAUGUAAUGCAUUAUAUAGUACACAGGCAUUUAUCUAUAAAGUCGUUUUGAGAAUAACGUGCGUGUCUAAAAGGAAAAUAUAUAUUCCACGUUUCUCUAUGUGCAUAAAUAUAUACAAACAUAUGUAUGUCUAUAGUAAAGUGCUAUAAUAAAGGAAUUAAAGUGUUGUGCUUGGGUUUUUACGUGUAGUGAAACAUAAAGCCUGAAAUCGGAUGCGCUUCUAUUGAGGCACAUGUAUGUAUCUGAAUAGUUAUGCAGUUACAUGUUUCUAGAAUCUAGAUAAUUGGAGCUACACAUGUAUACAUGCACAUAACAAGUGCCCAUGUAAGUAGUUCAUAAAUAAAUUACUACACUGCUCAUGGCAGAUAAGUUGGGACUUUGCGUGACUGCAUCCUGGCGCCUGACGGCAAUAACAAUAAAAAAGAAAUAACUAGAAAUAUAUUUGUCUUAAAAUUGGAGUAAAAGCGGAUAUUUAAAAAAGGUGUCAGUGUCAAAAUAUGAAUAAAUGCGAAUAUUAUUUCAAUAUUUAUGAAAAGUUGCGACUUCAGCUAUAUGAUGCGGAAUAUCCUGUUUCGAGACAGAAUAUGUAUAGCAAACUAAUGUGUUAUAAAAAACUAACUGUCAAAACGGAAACCAACUAAAAACAUAUAAACAUAUACAUAUAUAUAAAGCAUACAUACAUACAUCUGAAGACAGCAAAAAGAGACAGCAGAAAAGUAUAGAUAUUUCAAUCACCAAAAGCAGCGUCAAUGCUUAAUCGCACUUAUCAAUCAAGACAAGCGUUCAUAGUUCUGACACUGAAGAUACAGCGAACAUUUAACGUAGAGUGCGAAACUCUGUUGGUACUCCGUUCAUACUCACCUUAAUGUUCUCGUUUAUAGUCAUAUUGGCAGUCAGCAGCCGUUGAGAAUGAAAGGCGGAAUUUUUCUCUGAAAGGAAUAUACCCAUAGGUACUCAUAUUUUUUGCGAAUGCAUUAAUUAUGUACUCGUAGCGCAUUUCGCUUCGUCAGCAUUAGUUAUCAAAUUGAUUAUAAUCAACUCGAUAUAACAAAUAUAAUAAUUGAACGUAAAAUUUACGACGCUUAAUAAAAUCAACACGAAAUUGCUACACCAACAUAUACCAUACAUAUACAUACUCAACAUGGGAGCGAAUUCGUCGAGCAGAUCGGAUGCAAGUCUUCUCAGCGAUGAAGAUGUCAAUUUUGAUCAUUUUCAAAUUUUGCGGGCGAUUGGUAAAGGGAGCUUUGGCAAGGUGUGCAUCGUACAGAAACGUGAUAGUGGCAUACUCUAUGCCAUGAAAUAUGUCAGUCGGUCGGCGUGCGAGUCACGUGGUGCCCUGGGUGGUGUUAUCAAAGAAGUGGAAUUGCUUGCCUCGCUGGAACACCCAUUUCUGGUGAAUCUGUGGUUUUCAUUUCAAGAUGAAGAGGAUUUAUUUAUGGUGUGUGAUUUGCUGACUGGCGGUGAUUUAAGGUAUCAUCUACAGAAUCGGGUGGAAUUCAGCGAAAAAAGUGUUGCCUUAUUAGUGUGUGAGUUGGGAAGUGCUUUAGAAUACUUGCAGAAGCAAAGAGUGGUGCAUAGGGAUAUCAAGCCAGAUAACAUUCUUUUGGAUGGUGCUGGACACGCACAUUUGACUGAUUUUAAUAUAGCUACAAGACUGCAAAAGGACGGACUUGCAUGCAGCAUGUCUGGAACCAAACCGUAUAUGGCGCCAGAGGUAUUCAUGUGUGCAUUAGAGGAAAUAGCGGGUUACAGUUUUCCGGUCGACUGGUGGUCCCUCGGUGUAGUUGCAUAUGAAAUGCGUGCCAAUGUGCGACCGUUUAUCGUGCAUUCGCAUACGGGUUUGGCGGAGGUAAAAAAUAUAUUAACAGCACCGGUGCACUAUCCACGUUAUUGGAGUCAUAAUUUCAUCGACUUGCUGACGAAGCUGCUCUGUGUACAUCCCGGCGCACGAAUUAGCUCUCAGCAGGAGAUACAACAAACUCCACUUCUACGACACACGGACUUCAAGAGUAUACUCGAGAAAACGACUAAACCACCAUUCAAGCCACCUGAGGAUCACCUCAAUUGUGAUCCCUGUUUAGAACUGGAGGAAAUGAUUGUUGAAACGCGACCGCUGCAUAAGAAAAAGAAGCGUUUAGCCAAACAGCGAUCGGCACAACGUGAUAGCGAUCCCGAAACGGUUCUCAUCAAGGAGUUUAUAGUUUACAAUCGGUAUAAAGAACUGAAACGAAAGGCGAUGGAAAAGAAAGAAAACGACUGGCAACGCGAACUCGAACACGCUAUGGCGAAUUCAAUCGUGACUAGUUUAGCGCCAAUCCAAGAGAAGCCAACGCCGAUGCAUUUUAGUAGUGAUGGUGAUACCGACGAGAUUGGCGGUGUGGCUACGACGGCGACGAAUGGAAAUGUUACCGCUAGCCACGCGGUAACCACAAAAUCCAAUUCAAACGUGCCCAUAACUACAACAAUAAAUGCUUUAAGUAGUCACACGCUUUCCACACCAAAUACGAGUACAACCAUUCUGGGUGGAGCUACAGCAUUGCCACCGCUUUGUACGAAAUGCCAACACCACAGCCCAAUAAUGGGAAUAACAACGCCGCAGCAAACCAAAAUUCAACUUUCAUCGAACACAAAGGAUGGUGAAAUUAUUGAAUUUAUCGAUCGUACACCUUCACCGUCGACAUCAAACGCCAUUACGUUACGAACGCCAGUGAUGACAAGAAAAGCAGACGCAACAGCAAAAGCGAAUGUGCUGUAGAGGAACUUUAGCGGCUAAUCAACUAGGGAAUACACGAAAUAAAUGCAAAAACAUUAUUAUAUGUACCAUAAUUAAGUUCACCGAAUGAAGUAAUUGCAAAUAUAAAAUGGAAGUCUACUUUUAGGGACAAUUUUGUGCGGAAUAGAAAGCGCUUAUGUUAUGCUGUACCCUCUCAGCCCCUAUGCAUAUGUUGUGACUUUGCGCAGUCUCUUAAUUAAGUACAGCCUUUCUGGAUCAUGAUAAUCUGACGGACAACAAUAAAAACACCUUAAACGGGUUCAGCGUGGGACUCUCGGCGUAAUUAUAAGUGGAUUAAAGGAAAGGGUGGAAAUUUUAAUAGAUAACUCAUAACCUUUGCCAUUAAAAUUUUGUCUUCGGUAUUGAAGAAAUAUUCCAGGGAAACAUCAAUAAUUCUAUGUAUUCUUAAAUCCUUUAUAAACUGUUUAUUGGCUGAAACUGGGUAUGUACUUUUUCCUGAGUCUUCACAAAUAAUCAGAAAAACAUCUGAUCAGUUUAAUGGGGUGAAAAAUAGCUAUGAUGAAAAUACGAGGAAGUUGGCAUACCCAAGGAAAAGAAAACAUUUAAAAACAUAAUUAAAUAUACAUUACAUCUAGGCUUUCCGGAGUACUAGAGCCCGCAAUAGAAAGGAAACAAAAAAUAUUAUUUUUUUUAACAAAAAGUUUAAGUUAAGUAAAAAUUAAAAAGGGAAUUUAUUUUCAAAACGUUUGAUGUUAAAAAUAGCUAAUUAAUUUUUAAUUGCAAAUUAGGAGUCAAAAUGAAGAACUGAUAAAAUAUAAUUACUUUAAAUGUAUAAGUUGGCCGACACCUGCUCUAGAGUAUUGAAAAUGAAGACUAAGUGCGAAAUUUAGUUAAAAAUAGUAACGAGAUAUGCUGAAACAAUUUCUUUUUUAAUUUUCAAUAAUAAAUUUUAUUGAUACUUGAGAUUAGUAGAAUAAAAAUUAUUUUUUAUUAAGAAUUUUGGAAUUAGAAAGUAAAAACCAAAAUAAUUUAAAUUUAAUUUUAAAGCAUUUAAUGCAUUUUUUGCAACCGAGAUUGCAAGCGAAUUGAAAAUUAGUGAAGAGCAAUUAAACCACAGCUUUAAGAUUUCAAUUUUAAACAAAGAAAUAUUAUAAACAAAAAAAAACGAAGAUUUCACUUUCUACAAAAAAAUUAGAGCGAAUUGAAAACUAUUUUUAUAACUAAACAAAAUCAUGAAUAACCAUUUGAGAUAUCCCUUACAGAUAAUAGCAUAUUAAAUAACAGAAUAUUAAGUUUUAUUUAAAUCGAAGAAAACGCAUAAAACUAUUUUUAAUUUAACUCUCAGCAGCAGGAUGUACAUACUACAUAUAUCGUAAAAUACAUUUUUAAUCAUUUAAAAAAACAUUUAGAAUAGAUUUAUUAGUAUUUAAAUAACUAAGCUAAGUAACUUUCAUAGUGACUUGAAAAUCAAUUAACUUGUAGACAAAACAAAACCAAAGAAUGUAAUUUUAAGCCCACCACUAACUUAAUUAUAAAAAAUUUUUCGAUAUGGGAACAGGUAGUUAAAAAAUAACAAUAAAUAAUAACGGAACUUGAAGACAGAUGAGAAAAUUUAAACGGUGUUAUCACAUGGAACAAAAUAGUCAAUGAUGUAUAAGAUUGACGUAUGUAAGUAUAUAUAAUAUAACAUAAGCUGUCUUCGAUUUGCCAAGCGAUGCAGAGUAGCCAAAGGAGCACCUGUUCAAACAGUCGCACUGAUCUGUUUGACAAACUAAAGCAAGUGAAAAGCUAUGUAAUAGCUAAAACUUAAAUAGAAAUCAAAGAGAGUUUAAAUUUGGUAAGAAAAUACUUGUGGUUAUAAGUGUUAUAUUUGUGCUAAAAAAUUUCCCAAUAUUCACAACGGUGACGCCACUGCGUCCACCAUUUGAGUUUCUUGCCACGGUAGCUUUCGCUUUUCCGCAGCAAUCUAUUAUUAAGACCCCAAACUAAAUCAUUUAGCUGACCGAUUUGAUCGUCAACCCCCAAUG